ACAUUUCAAGGCGUACGUAUUCGUCCGCGGGGGGACCGAAGACAAGUCCUCUCUCUCUAGAAAUUCAACACCCCUCCUUUCCUCUCUCUAGAAGCGCUUAACUUUCGAGGAAAGGCUCGAGCUUUUCCACAGUUGGGGGCGCGUUUUGAAUUCCGUCUUCGAGCUGAGACGAAGCAUCUUGGGCGAUGGCCGGCCGGUACGACAAGAACCCCUUCGACGAAGAGGAAGUCAACCCUUUCUCUGACCCAGCUGUCAGGAGCAAACCUUCCUCAAACUAUGGUGGGGGUGCGUUUUACACCUCGAGUACUGGGGGUGUACCACCAGCUUCGAACUCAAGGCUUUCGCCACUUCCCCCAGAACCUGCAGACUUUUAUGAUCGUGGUGCAACAAUUGAUAUUCCUCUUGACACAGCAGGAUCAGGUCAUCAGGACUUGAAAAGGAAGGAGAAGGAGCUCCAAGCUAAGGAGGCUGAACUGAAGAGAAGGGAAAAGGAAGUUCGACGGAGAGAAGAAGCUGCAGCUCGAGCUGGUAUUGUUCUUGAGGAGAAAAAUUGGCCCCCAUUUCUCCCCAUUAUCCACCACGACAUUGCAAAUGAAAUUCCAAUUCAUCUUCAGAGGCUACAAUAUGUUGCAUUCACAACAUAUCUAGGAUUGGUGCUAUGUCUGUUUUGGAACAUAAUAGCCGUGACCACAGCAUGGAUUAAGGGGGAAGGUGUUAAAAUCUGGUUCCUUGCAAUCAUCUACUUCAUCUCGGGAGUUCCAGGUGGUUACUUUCUGUGGUAUCGCCCACUUUACCGUGCAUUUAGGACUGAUAGUGCUAUAAGGUUUGGCUGGUUCUUCCUGUUCUACUUGCUCCAUAUAGGCUUUUGCAUUGUUGCUGCAGUUGCUCCCCCAAUAAUAUUCAAAGGAAAAUCUCUCGCGGGCAUAUUGGCAGCAAUUGAUCUUACAAACAAAGCUGCCAUAGUUGCGAUCUUCUAUUUCAUUGGCUUCGGGCUAUUCUGUUUGGAGACUGUGCUUAGCAUCUGGGUUAUUCAGCAAGUGUACAUGUACUUCCGGGGAAGCGGUAAAGCCAAUGAGAUGAAGCGCGAUGCUGCGAGAGGCGCUAUGAGAGCGGCAUUGUAAGGCAGAAUCCGAAAGCACGAUGAGUCGGUUGGUUUCACUCGUGUUCAUACUCGUUUGUGUGGUUACCCUUUGUGGUUAGUGAUGUUUUGUUGAAAGCAAGAUUACGCAUUUUCGCUCAACUCGAGAGAUCAUUACUGAAAUUCCAUUGUUGUAAUCAGUGUAAUGUAGAGCUUUGUUGUUUU